AUGUGGUGCGGCGGGAGGAAGUGCGGCUUGUUUUCCCGGCUAGGCUCAGGAGCGGCGGGCGCGGCGCGAUGCGCGGGUACCCGGGAGCGAACUGCUGCGAGCCCCGAUGAAGCUCGAGCGGCCCCAGCCUGAUGGAGGCGCCUCCGUGGGAGCCGGUGCGCAAUGACUCCCUGCCUCCCACGCUGAGCCCCGCGGUGCCGCCCUACGUGAAGCUUGGCCUCACCGCCGUCUACACCGCCUUCUAUGCGCUCCUCUUCGUGUUCAUCUAUGCGCAGCUCUGGCUGGUGCUGCGCUACCGUCACAAGCGGCUCAGCUACCAGAGCGUCUUCCUCUUCCUUUGCCUCUUCUGGGCCUCGCUGCGUACCGUGCUCUUCUCCUUUUACUUCCGAGACUUCGUGGCAGCCAACUCGUUCAGCCCCUUCGUCUUCUGGCUGCUCUACUGCUUCCCCGUGUGUCUACAGUUCUUCACCCUCACGCUCAUGAACUUGUACUUCACGCAGGUGAUUUUCAAGGCCAAGUCAAAAUAUUCUCCAGAACUACUCAAAUACCGGUUACCCCUCUACCUGGCCUCCCUUUUCAUCAGCCUUGUUUUCCUGUUGGUGAAUCUGACCUGUGCUGUGCUGGUGAAGACGGGAGACUGGGACAGGAAGGUUAUCGUCUCGGUGAGGGUGGCCAUCAAUGACACACUCUUUGUGCUGUGUGCCAUCUCUCUCUCCAUCUGCCUCUACAAAAUCUCCAAGAUGUCCCUGGCUAACAUCUACUUGGAGUCAAAGGGCUCAUCAGUGUGUCAGGUAACUGCCAUUGGUGUCACCGUCAUCUUGCUCUACACCUCUCGGGCCUGCUACAACCUCUUCAUCUUGUCAUUUUCUCAGAUCAAGAACGUCCAUUCCUUUGAUUAUGACUGGUACAAUGUAUCUGACCAGGCAGAUCUGAAGAGCCAGCUGGGUGAUGCCGGCUACAUAGUGUUUGGCGUGGUGCUUUUCGUAUGGGAGCUCUUACCCACCACCUUGGUAGUUUAUUUCUUCCGAGUCAGAAAUCCCACGAAGGAUCUUACCAAUCCUGGGAUGGUCCCCAGUCAUGGAUUCAGUCCCAGAUCUUACUUCUUUGACAACCCCCGAAGAUAUGACAGUGAUGAUGACCUUGCCUGGAACAUUGCCCCUCAGGGACUUCAGGGAAGUUUUGCUCCAGACUGCUAUGAUUGGGGACAACAAAACCACAGCUUCCUGGCGCAAGCAGGAACCUUGCAUCAAGACUCCACUUUGGAUCCAGACAAAGCAAGCCAUGGGUAGCAGCAGCCGACACAGCCCUAGCCCUAUGGAAGAGUCCUCGGUUGAAAGCCUUCAGCCAGACAGACUGGAUGGCAGCUGAGUUGUUAAGGCAGUUUUCCUUAGGACACAGAACUCUAGUUUUUGCUAUAGCUUUCUCACAGGUUCCACAGGGCUAAGCAAUAAUUUAGAGCAAUAAACCCUUUAGUACUAGCAGAGAAUCUGGCUACUUCAGUGGGUAUAAUUUAAACUUUGAAAAGAGAUUCUGUACUUUUAUAAAGAUGUAUUUUAUAUAACUUAAAUACUAAUGCUAAAGUAUACUAGUUUUUUUCCUUGAUUGUUAAUUGCAACAUAUGUUGUAGUUUGCACAGACUUUCAUGCAUAAUUCACUUUAAAACGUAUAGAACGCGUGGUCUAAUAGUUUAAGGCUUUGGGGAAAGUUUCCACAGAUCUUACCUCUGAAGGUUCCUCUUGUGAGUGCCGCAGUGGUGGGCUCCUUUCACGGCCACUCAAGCAUUCCAAGUUAAGGGGAAGCAGAGUCCCAUGGUCUGUACGUGACGACUCAGCAGCAGCAGCAGUUUCUCUUAAACUUUGUCCUAAGUCUGGUGCUUCUUCAUCUGAAAGCACUACUACAAGCACUCCAGUAACAAGUGGAUACUGUUAAGCUGUAGUCGCCGACACUAUUAAACCUCCUCUGCUGUGCGUGCAGCCAUUUUGUAGAGUUUUCUUCAGCCCGGUGUAACUGAAUACUUACUACCUCAGGAUGGAAGGACUGCGCCUUCUUUGACUCAGCCAGUGCUCACUAUAGUCAGGCUACAAGCCAAGAGGUCCCCACAGAGUAUUAACAACAAAUACUUCUGGCCUUCAAGCGCUAAAGGAUUGCGGACUCCUGGCGGCUUUUCUGUAAAACAUGCCUGUCAUUUGUAUGAGAUCGACACGGUGCUCACUGCCUAUUUUUAAAUAGUAUUCUGUCUAUUAAAAGCGAUGUGUAUGAAAAAGCGGGCUCUGCCUAUGUGGUAGCAGCAUCUCUAUCUUGGCCAGAGAGCGUUCCAGACAAUGGUUCUCAUGUGCCAUCUCCGUGCUGCCCUGGGAAAACUCUGGAACCAGUGUGGCCCUCCUGGAGGCCGGAUGUUCUGGCUUCUUACAGAAUGCAUCAUCUGGUCCUACAGGUCACAGAGUCUUACUCCCCAUUUUCUACUUUGUUAUAUUUAAGAUUCGGAGCCCUGUUCCCAGUGGGGUGUGAUGGGGUCUUCAUUGUACGGCACAUGACAUGGAGGACCUUGCACAGCCCCGCCCCAUACCCUGCCUUUGGGUAAGAGUAAACAUCUGGGUUGCAAGCCACUUAAAAAUUGCCUCUUUGCCAGAGUGAAUUCUGGCAAAGCCUACACAAGUCGCCUUUACAAUAGCAGUGUAUAAAAGUUUAUCGGUCACUUGUACCCGCAAUAAUUUGGCUGUUGCAACCAGUACCCAUAUCUCCUGUGUCCUUGUCUCCAGCAGGUCGGUACCUGUCAGCAGCCAAGGGCAAGGUUCUCUGGAAAGCACAGCAUCAUUAAGACUGUUCUGUGUGCACCCAUUUUGCAGCACAUGCACACUUUACAGCUGAUGAAUGCUGGCCGUCUGUUUUCUUACAGUAACAAGGAAGCUACCAUCCAUUUUUACAAUAAAGUUGUCAGCGUUCAUGUCAGCAAUAAAGAGACUACAGCUCUUAAA